AUAACGAUAGAUUGGUGGUGGCAAUGGAUCGAGUUUUCUGCUCUAGACGCCGUCGACGUCGCCCAGGUCUUCCUCGUCAAAGAUUUCCUGCAGUUCGGCCUUGGCCUUCUUCAGGGCGGCCUGUUGCUUUCGUUCCUGUUGUGCCUUGAAAUCGAGCAGUUCUGCCUCGACGUCGGGUUCCUCGCCGUUGAGCUGGCGGUAUUUCAGGUCCCCCUCAAAGAGRGCCCGGUCCCAGACCGACUCGAUGAAUUCGGCUUGGGUCAGCUGCUGGUCGACGGUUCCGGCCAUCGAUCGGGAAAAGAAUUCUCGCUUUCCCCACUCGGUGGCAAUCUUUUCGACCUCYAGCGUGCGCUCGUCCUUUGUUUCUUCUUCCACUUUGACUUCCUCAGGUCUGCCACCCCGGUCUUUCAUCUUGGCUUCGUCGAGCUGGCGAAGGAAUUCCGGAUCCUCCCACCAGGCAUCCGUCAUCUUGACGCCCUCUCGCCAUCCAGGAUUCAAUUCGUCGUAUUCGUCCAAUUCUUUUUGGUAGUUCUGGGAGAASAAAAUAAAAAAGACACAAAAAAUUCACAUGAGACRAGCGAUUGGYUGGUUUGUUUUCGGAAAUCCCUGGCUCGUCGCAGGCUGCAGACCGCUCAAACUCCGGUACCCCGCGUUCUGCAUCGUAUAUAACGUUACUCACCUUGAAUCCGUCUCGAAGGACGUGGUCAAUUUCCUGGCACCGAACGUACCCGGCCUCGCGGAGUCCCUUGAUGAGCUUGGCUUCGGUCGUGUUCGUGUCGUAGACCUCGGAAAAAGUAAGGGCCUUGCACGAUCCCGMAUCCAGCUGGAGGGUCUCGGUGAUCAUGCGCAUGGAUUCCGCUCGCGAAAAGAUGGCGUCUUCUGGGAGAAGGGCGUCCUCGUCGCUCUCCGAGUCGAAUUCGGCGUAUUUGUAAAAGGUUKUCCCCUCGUCGUGGUCCUUGAGGSUUCCAACCACCARGAGGGUGUACUCCUUUCCGGAGUCCUUGAGCGCCUGUACCGCGGCCGCACGGUCCGMGGCGGRAAUGACCUCCCCGGCGGCRUUGGUGACAAUGACGGAAACGUUGUCGAUGUCCUUCGCGUCCUUGGCCAGRUCGGCAACGGCCUUGAYCUGCGCGACCAGGUCGUUGUCGGAYUCGAUCUGGGCCACCCAGGACCGGACGCCCUCGAGCUGGGCAGGAACCGGGAGUGCGCCGGGGGCGGCGGCUUCCUUGAAGUCGAGCUUGUCGAGGAGCCCGGUGUACCGUGCCGAGCGGCUCAGGAGGCGCUUCUUGGCGGACUUCUCGUCGUUGACAAAGGCGACAAUCUUCUCRAAAGCAAAGGCGUUUUCUUCGUGGUUGAGGAGGUCAAAGACGAACUGGUCGCUGCGUUCCUUCGAGUUAACGUARCCCGAGACCAGGCAGGUUCCGUCGAGGUUGUCGCGCUGGUCGAUGAUGUCGGGCUCGUCGAGGUAGGACUGGAUGUUCGUGUCGGGGUUCAGGUCCUCGGGAAUGGACACCUCGUCCUGGAUUUCGAGGCCCAUGCCUGCCUUGCCCCACGAGGAGAUGUAGAGGCUGGUGCCCGRGUUGGAAGACGAAGAUGCCACGGUGCUGCGGUAAGAGGCCGGCAUUGGGGCAAAGGCGUAGGCAAUCGAGGCCGCGGAGGCCGCGAACACGGUUAGGGCRAUACUGGAGAGUUGCAUCGUGCUGUGGAUUUGUUGCUGGUUUGCGAACUUGGCGCUGGUCCGAUGUGUAUUUGRAC